GGGGGAUGGGACGGAUUCAAUCAAUUUGUGAGCUUUUAUAGAUGAGGGAUGGAUCCCCGCUCGUUCUAGUUCCCUUUGUCCUCGCAUUCUUAUUAUCGGUUCUUCUGUCGUCGCGUUUUGGGCUUGAGUAGAUUUCGACGUCCUUUUGGUUGGACCGUGAAUGGAUUCGACAUACUCUUCGAAAACGCCUUUUAAAUCGCAGUCUUCGCUAUCGUGGGGCAUCUCAGCCUUCUCACGGAGUUCAACAUGCUUCAAACAUGGAUACCAAGACUGGGGACACUCUUCACCCUAACAUCUCUACUUGCAAUCGUAUCAGCACAAAGCUCGUCGGAAACAAUAACAGCGAGAGCAACAUUAUCGUCGACCGGAGCAGCCCCGUCACCAACAAGCAGCGCUACCAAUUCAACGACCUCAAGAGGGCCAAAAGUAUUUACAGUCAAAGUCGGAGCCGGUGAAUUUGCAUACAAUCCAGCGAACCUCAGCGAUGUCCAUGUGGGGGACACUGUCUCUUUUGAGUUCUACCCGCUAGAUCACUCAGUAGCAAGAGCGGAGUUUGGAAGCGCGUGUGUGCCAUAUGAGUAUACUGGGAAGAAUAAGGUGGGCUUCUACAGUGGCACAGAAAAUGUCACCACCGUCAACGACCUGAAAUACUGGAAUCUUACAAUCAAUGACACUGCGCCUAUCUUCUACUACUGUACAGCGCCUGGCUCGUGCAAAGAUCACCAGAUGGUUGGUGUAAUAAAUCCGAAUGCAACGCAAACUCUAGAUGACCAAAUCGAGUCUGCUAAAGAGGCCAAGUUUAUGGUCGCGCCUGGUCAGCCUCUUCCAGGUGAAGCCUCCUCAAGUCUUUCAGUACCAAGCUCGACUUCAACUAGCUCGCCCACUUCCACGCCUGUACCGACACAUUCCUCCCACCACAGCAAUCUAUCAGGAGGUGCAAUAGCGGGAAUCGCCGUGGGUGCCGCGGCAUUCCUCGUUAUUUGCGCCGCACUCUUUUUCUACAUCGGCCGAACCAAGUCCCUCAAAGAAGUGCUAGACCGGAGAGAUGCCACGGUCACGAAAACCACACCCAUGACGGCGGGCACAGAAUUUGGGACACCAGGCACACCAGGAUACCCUAGUCAAUUAUCUCCCCAAGCGGAGUACAGCACCCAUCCACCAACCUACGGGCAACACCACGCCACAGAGACACAUCCUUCUGGAUGGACGAGUCCGCAGAUGCAUCCGGGACAUAUGUCGAUGACGCCGCCACCACCACCACAGAUGGCUGAGGUGAAAUCACAACACGCCCCGGUUGAGAUGCACAGCCCUACCCCGAUGCAGCAGACGUUUCCUCACGAGUUAGAAGCACCGAUUAAGUCUCCACGCUGAUGAUGAUAUUUUGGGGCCCACUGUCCCAUAACUUAUUGACGUCAACUACGGACCACCAAUAGCGAUGCUUCGAUCUGUCACGCCAGCAGCUGGAACCAAGCAGAAUUGCCCAGAGGAUGCAGACUUAUGUCCUUUCUUAAGCCUCAUGUUCCAUCGAUCCCUGCGGAACAGGUUGUAGGCGCAAGACCGGAUGGAUUUUGCCUUACAUGGAGUUGGAAGCGGUUGGAUUACCCCAGCGGCGCAUUUGGAUAUGUUUUGCAUGGAAGUAGAUGUUGCUGCGCUUUUCUUUUUUGUCUAGAUACCACUCCGAGCCGGGGGUUUGUCAAGGGCAAAAUGAUGUGCUGGGGCCGAAUCACCCACUCUGUAUACCGUUAUCUAAUCUAAUUACUGAUUAUAG